GGGGCAGCAGUGAGAGACGGUUGUCCGCAGCAGUAGGACGCGAAGAAGAAGAACUUCCUGAACUCAAGUCGACAAGCCAAAUAAAAUAAAUAUUGAUGCCUUAUUUAAGUGACUAUGGACUGGAGGGGGAUGAGAUGGAGAUGUGCAAAGAGGAGCUCCAGCAGUGGAUCAGAGGAAGGGUAAAGAAGCAGCUGCUCUCUACAGGUGUCCUAGAGAAAUACAACUUACUGCUGUCUCUGCUGAAUAAAAGAGAAGAUCAGGCAACUCAACUCCUGAAGCUCUGCAAGUCUGUGGCAGUAUGUGAAGCAAUUGUGAAGAAACAAUACUCUUUGCUGGGAUGGGAAUACAGAGACAUAGAUUCUGAAGAUGACAACCAUAGUGAUAAAGAUGAUGAAACUGAAGGCCCAGGAAAUACCUCUCCAGUCCAAGGCCUGAGCUCUCUAGCUGCUAAACCUUUGUUACUCAACCUUGUGGACAAGGAGAACAGUAGCAUCAGGGGCUUUGUAAAGCUGAAGAGAAAACCAGUGGUGGUCUUGAAAAAACUUCCUUAUAUCCAGAUCAAGCCUUUACUUCGGCCUCCUCCUCAGGGUCCUUCCUCUGAUGUUGAAUCCUUCAGUGAUGCUGAUUCUGAUACACAUUGGGAACCAGAAAAGGACUCGAGUGAUUCUGAUUGUUCAAUCUCAAGUUAUAACAGUGGAUCAAAGAAGAGGAGAAAGAUUGAACAAAAAGAAACACGUCCUGCAAAACCCCAAGAAAGUACAUCUACGAAUGCUAAAAGCAAAGCAACAUCGGCACCCAAAGCCAGUUCUAUUAGCAAUGCUAAGGACAACAUAAAGAAAUCAUCAGCAGUCAAAGCUGAGGCAAAGAGCAACGCUGAGGAGGCCACAGCAGUAACAUCGACACCGGCAGCAAACACAAAAAUUGUGACCCCUUCAAGCAAAAAAUCUUUAUGCCAAUCAUCAGUUGUUGCCACAAAUACUCCUGUAAGCGUUCUACAAGGAAAACUCUGUGUCAACAUGAAUGUCCUGGCUAGAAAGAAACCCACCAGAUGGCUGGAGGGGAAAAUCCUGGAAUUAAUACAAACAGAUGAUAAACUCAGAUACAAGGUCGGUUUUGAGAAUGGGAGGAAAAUCGUCUCCGGUCACCACAUUGCCUUAACCAGCACUCCAAAUGUAGAUGAGCUGAAAGUUGGUGAUCGUGUUGUGCUCAAGUGUGGAGAUAAUCCUUCCCGCUUCGUCCCUGGUAUCCUGGCGGAGCUCCCCAACAGGAAAAACCGAAUGAGGUUCCUUGUUUUUGCUGAUGAUCACACGCCCCAUUAUGUUGGCUUGCCUAAGUUUCGACAGGUGUUCGGACAAAUGAAAGACCCCUUGGAUGAUAUUCCAGAUGGUGUCCACAAGGAUUUCAUUAAGGAAUAUAUGGCAUCUUUGCCCUUCCCGGUUCAGACAUCAUACAGAGUUGGACAGACGCUUAAUGCAGAAUUUGAAGGAUUCCUGCAGAAGUGUGAGGUGGUGCAGAUUGACAACAGUUUAAUAAGGGUUCUUUUUCAGAAAGAUCAACACAAGGAGUGGAUCUAUCGAGGCUCCAUGCGCCUGGAACACAUUAUUACUAUGAAAAACAUGCGGUUACAAAAGGAAUCAUCAAAACAAACAGAUUGAUGGAUCUCGGACAUCUUAAGAAAACUGAACGAUGUGCUUCAAGAUGGGGACAGAUAUUUAUUCAGUGAAAGUUGUUCACCAGGGCUUUUUCAGGAUCUGUUUUUGGGCCUGGAGCACAGUAUGUUAGGUAUUUGUUCAUGACGCCAAAGGUCACCUGUUACUGAAGGGGGCUGAAAUGGGACACGUGUGAAAGCUCCAGCUGGUUUUAUCUUUGUUGAAUGGCUCAAUGGUAUCUUUAAAUUAUAAAAUGUAUAGUCUUUUUUAAUUGUAUUUUACUUACAGUUUUUUUGGUUUCUUAAAUAAAAAUCAAUGGUCAUGUGUUCUUAA